AUUUUUUUUUUCAUCUAUUUCAUGAUUUCUGAAAUGAUCAUGCCUUUUCGUAGAGCCCUCAGUAAAUACGGACAAGUGCACCAUUCAGUUAUCUGCAACCAAUUUUUUUGAAUCUAAAGUCUUGAUUGGAGAUACUUCAAGGCACCAAAACAACUUAUAUUUUUUUUGAAUGUGCAGUCUUAGACCCUUUGCAAUCCGAAAAGAAGUUACUGCACAUCUUAUCAAUAUCAGAAGCAGGCUGCAUCGAAAAUGACAUUUCCAAGAAGAGCCUCUGUCUUCGUGUCUGCCUUUGAGUAGACAAACAAUGCAGAGUGCGGCAAGUCGAAUGAGUAUCUUAUCAUCAGAGCAACAGAUUCGAGUCGCAGCACAAAAAGCAAACCCAGACAAAUGAACCACAAAUACUGUGAGUAAAACCAAAAAUUGAACAAUACAAAUGAAAAAUGAAUUGAAUAGAAAAACACUGUCUGUGUGUGUCUGUGCGAACGUCUGCUUUGCGUAUGUAUGUCGAUGCAGUGGCACACACAGCUAUUGACUCAGACUGCAACAAUGUGAAAAACAAAAAGAUAAUUGAAAAAUGUGGAAAUUAUCUGCAAGCAAAACAAUCGACAAUUGAAUGAAAGACAAAUAAAGGGCGCGCAUUCUGCCACCUAGGGAGUAGAGCAUGCUUCAAGACUGUUUCCAACUUUCAGUUCGAUUUCUAUAGUAGAAGUAGAGGCCUGUUCUUACACCAACACACGCAAGAAUAAACAUGCACGCACAAAAGGCUUAUCAGCGGGUGACGGAUGACGGGUGACGGGUGACAGGCAACGGACUAUACACGACGAUCGUUAUUCGAAUAACGGCACUGUGCUCACGAGCUGGUGAUCGGCUUAGGUAGCCCGAGGGAUGCGCUGUAGGUCGAACGGGCGCAUGCGCGAAUACGAUCGUUGAUUUUAUGGCUUUGUUUUUGUUUUGCAAGUCUGAAGACUUUAUGUAAACAAGAUCAUAAAUGAGCGCGGAUAAGCGAAUGAUAACACGCUAUGUGCUAUGGACUCAAUAUAAAUGUCGCCUCGCAGCUUCACAGGACAUCAGUCGAUUCCGAGACAACAAUCGAAGCAGACCAUUAGCUAUUGUCAGAAAAUCCAAACAUAACUUUCAUAAUGCAAAGCUAUCGCCACAAGAAGUUCGACAUGAAGGUUGAACGUCGGCUGGAGACGAACAUCGAUCUAGUAAUCAAACGGGAGCUGCUCUCACGCUCCAGUCACCUGGAAGAUGAAGAUACCAGCAGUCAGUGCUCCAGUAAUUAUACUGCUCCGCUGCUGAAACGUCGCCGUCUGAACAGCACAAUUUGCGAUAACUCCAUUGGAUCCGAAUCAGCAUCCUCCUCGCACUCACUGCCUAAUACCAUCAGCUCGGAAAAAAUGCGAGAUAUUUGCAAAUAUCACGGCAAUAUGGUGAGGAAAUUUCCGAAAAAAGAGCGCUCGCCCAAGGACCAGGAUCGUCGUAAUAAGAACACGAUCGCCUGCCGCACCAGCCGCCGAGUGAAGAAACUGGAACAUCUUGUCGUCGAAGAACAGUACAAGGAGUUCAAAUUGCAACAUCUUAAGGUUGUUGAGCAGAGCAUGCGAGCCCAAGCCUAUUUUAAGCAUCUCUCGGAAAUGGUCAAGAUUGACCAAACUGCCUCUCCAGUUCCUGCUAAAGCACAAGUUGCUGUGCCUCACAAGAAUUUUAGUAUCGACUAUAUCAUCAACGGUAUCAAGGGGGAGCAGUGUUAGUUUACCUUAUCCUGUAAGAGUUUAUUAUUAGUGAAUAAUUUUAAAAAGCUUAUGUUUAAGUUGUGGCUUAGAAUCGGAUAAGUUAUUCUACCUAACGCAUAAUUUCUUUAAGAAAU